GCCGCUCUGUUGCUGUCAUCUGACUGUGACGCAAGCGCCGCUGCUUCCCGAAAAUCAUCAACAGUGGCGGCGGAAGGCAACAUGGCUCCCAAACUUGAACUCCCAAAUGUUGCAGCGGUCCUCUGGGUGAUCUUCCUGGCUCUCAUCCCGCCGGUGGAGGCGUACGACAUGGGCGACGCCUUGGCCCUGCUGCUGGGCACGGUCGUGUCGGUGGUGGGACUGUGCGCCCUGCUCGGCUGGUACGCACGGAGACGGAACGGACAGCUGUGAGGCGCUCUCCGGGUUGUGCGCCCUGGCCUGGCAAACACAUCUCGAUAUUAUGUUUCCCCCGCGUCCUCCCACAGUGACCCACCCCAGCUCUGAUGUCCUGAGGAGCUACUGACACACGCCUCGUGUCCAGACUGAUGAAAACCGUGCCUUAUUGGAGAUAAAGAGUCGAGAGGAACGUGGGGAGAGCGGUGAAGCAACAACCAGGAAGACCAAAAACAGGAACUAUUAACUUUUGCACUGCUGAGGGUCUGAGGACCAAAAAUUAUAGCCUCCUGUAGUAAAACUGCUGUUUAUGCUCCUGAGGAUGCCUGCAAUGCUUAUUGUGGCAAGAUUUCCAUGCUUUGGGCGGUCACUGUGAAAUACAGAUGAAUAUGUUUUAUUUGCAAAAUGUGCAACACAACCUCUCCAUUGUUAAGAGCACAAUAUCACCAUGUGUGGUCAAACAGAAAGCUGAGCUACUGUUACCCCAGCUGCAAUUAACAAAAUAACACCCAGGCUUUAUGAAUAAUAAAUUGCUUUAUCUGAUGCUC